AUGAAGACCCCUGUCACCGCGAUCUUGCUUCUUCAGCUUGGAGGCCUCGCCGCUGCCCAAGUUACGACCCCGGGCGCUGAGUUGCAGUCGGAGGAACUCGAUUCUAACAACACCGUGUCAAUCGCCGCGCGCAGCGAACAAGAGAAAAACUGGCACGGCUCUGGGCCAGUAGUGUGUGGUAUCUAUGCCAAUGCAAAGCCCAAGAAAAUCAGAGACUUUGCUUAUGAUCUGGACAACAAAGAUUAUAACAAGGAGCGGACAAUCGGCGCGGGGCAGUGCAAUCGUGUGAAGUGUUGGGAUACUUCUGCGCUCUAUGUUUGCAACGACAACCCAGAUGCAAUCACGCUCAAGGGAAAGCAAAUCGGCAUGGCCACCUUGUGGCUUCGCAACCAUUGCUGCUUAGCCAGCCCUAAAAUCAAAGCAACUGACGACCAACUUAACGGCCAGCAAUUUACACCAUGGGGGUGGAACGUCAACGCUGCUUACGGCAACUGCAACGACCCGCCUAGUAUCCGUCCCCAUAUGGCUGGAGGCCAUGGUGUGAACCCUGGAAAGUGUUGGUAUCACAAAGAGGACAGCGUCGAUUUCUGA